GAGCAUAUAAUAUGUCAGGAUUUUGUUACCAGGAAGUGGGUCGAGUUAUUUAUAUUUCAACACUCGUCCUCUUGGUCCUGAGGCAGAAACAGUGUUAGUAACCUGAAACUAUAUAAUCAAGCAUCGUCUGGAUCUGCUUCUGUUGUAAUGACAAGAACUAGAGCAAAAAAGAAAUAUCUGUAAAUGUUACUAUACUGUUCAGUCUGUGAGGACGAUUAUAGUCGCCAUGAAGGAUUCAAGAUAAAACACAGUGAUAACAACGCCAAAGGUCUGUUAUUAAGUGGUAAAAACCUUUUUCAUGAUACAUUUUUUUUUGUUUCAGAUAAAGGUGAAACUAAUUUUAACGACUUAUAUACAAACCAGUUUGCGGCAGUGGGUCCUGACCAAGGUGGUGGGAUGAAGCUCCACAAAAAGAUUUUGACCCAUUAUCUGUCCUGCACUUCUCCAGUAGACAAAGAGGGAUAUCUCUACAAAAAGAGAGAACGAAAUGGCACCUACCAGCGGAGGUGGUUCGUGCUGAAGGCAAACCUGCUUUUCUACCAGGAGAGGCCGGCUGACAGACACCUGCUGGGUGUCAUCGUGCUGGAGGGUUGUGCAGUGAGGAGCUCACAGUGUGAGGAUGAGUUUGCCUUUUCCCUGGUGUUCGAGGGGCCUGGACUCAAAACGUACACAUUUGCAGCAGUGGAUUGUCAGACUCGGGAGAGCUGGGUGAAAGCUCUGCUGUCAGCAAGUCACUGUUACCUGUCACUGCUGGUCAGAGACCUGGGGAGACAGUAUGAAGAGGCGAAACAGCUCCCACACUCUGGUGAAUCCCAUCUCAGCUCCUCGGUCAGUUUGCUCAAGCCGUCCCCAGCCUGCUCGUUCUCUGUGCAUGGACCGACAGCAGUGGUCAGACAGGGCCGAAGCUUCAGUGCCAGCAGUGUUUUACAGGCUCCUUCCAUGUCCAGUAGAGUGGCAGCUAAAAAGUCCCCCAAACUGUGGCACAGGAGAAAUGCCCUGGUCACACCUCUCAACGGACCAGCACCUUACGGCGAGUGGCCUUUGGUGGGUUUGGAUCUGUUUGAGGACUUCAGCAAACUUCAUGACUAUUAUGGCCAGGAAGUGAGGAGAGCGAGGGAGGAGUGGCUGAGGAGUCGACGCACAGCAGAGGAUGGAGAUCUCAUCGACCUGGGGUGAAGAGAAAGAAAAAAAAACACCUGGCAGUUAAGAAACUGUUUUAGAGGAACUAAGAUUUUCCUGUGUAGCAAAGAGGAACUGGACCUGAAACAUUUGAGGUUAAAACUAAAACUGUAUAACUGUAGUUUCUCAUGAUCGACUUCCACACAUGUCUUUGUUCAUCUGAGAAGAAGUGAUUUUCUCUCUUCUGGAAACUACAGAAAGAAACACAAAAAAAGAACAAACAAAAAGUAUGUAUGACAUGUUAAACUUAUCAUGUGUUACUGUAAACACACAUGUAUUAGACCACCACACACAUGAGGUUUAUGCAACAGCUGCACUAAAUUAACAGCAUUGAUAAUUAUCAAAAUCAUUUGAACAGAAACAUUUGUU